AUGGCCUCAGCAGGUUCCCAGAGGCCUUUGUCACCAGGGGAAAAGCGCAAGCGGGAUGAGGAUAGCGACAUAAAUGAUAGGCCCCAACACGUUGUCAAGGCCCUUUCAAAUGACACAGAUGACCGGAACAAAAAGCAAAGGGUUAUCGGACCAACCAUGCCACCAAGUAUCGUAGAAGACAAGAGUACUAGCUGCAGCGACAACGAGAGCGACGACAAUUACGGACCCCCCCUUCCUCCAACUCAUACGGAUACAACUCAACAGACAUGCAAGGAGGAAAUCCAGUUGAAUUCAACGUCUGAAGAAUCACAACCCACCCGACGAGAUGACUGGAUGCUUCAUCCGCCGGAGCAUGGCGACUGGUCUUCACGUGUUGAUCCAACGAAGAUACGCAAUCGGAAAUUCAACAUGGGUAGAAGUGCAACCGCUAAACCUUCGCUCAGUGGAGUUGCCGGCACUUGGACUGAGACGGCAGACGAGAAGAGGAAGCGGCUAGAGGCUGAGGUCAUGGGAAUCAAAGCCCCAGCAUCUUCCAAUGUUACAGGGCGCUCAGGGGAAGCAUCUGAAUACGACGCUGCGAUGUCGAAGCGCGUACAGGAAUAUAAUGAAAAGAAGAGGGGGGAAACACUCUAUGCGCAGCAUCAAUCUCGGCCUUCAAAGGAGGAGGAGGAUGAUCCUAGCGCUCGCCCAUUCGAUAAAGAUAAAGAUAUCCGGGGUCCAACAAGGAUCAACCAUGCUCAAAGGCGAGAGUUGCUUAACCGCUCCUCCGACUUUAAUACCCGAUUUUCUGGGGCGAGAAGCGAAGUAGCCGCCGUGUUGGAUUUGGACCGGAAAAGCCAAUUUUUGUUGGACCAAGACACGAAGUUAUUUGUUCGGUUACGUUGUACCACAUGUAUCGUCACGACUGGUGGUGUCGGCGUAUGGAUGACGGGCAAGAUGGAGAAAACGUUAAGGGUGCUCUGGACAUCUUCGGGUCCAGGCAAGACGGACCAUGUGGUUUCUUGGUCGAAUUCGAACAGUCUAAAGUAUCGAUACUACGGCCUCUAA